UAAAAACAAAGUAAGGUGAAGGAGAAGGAAAAUCGAAAAUGCCAAAAGGUAAAGAAAGCCACCGCGGAGCUCGAGUUUUCCUGAAAAGAUCAAAGCCAUAUACGGGUUAUCAUGAUUAUUUCAGCAAGGCUGUGGAUGAUUGCAUCAACAGUAGUAGUUCUACUGAUGCUGCUGCUGCUACCCACUCUGAGCACUCCAUGAUGAGUCUUAACACCAACAAUAGCGAUGAGAAAAUUGAUCGGAUCGUUGACUUGAAGUCAAUGGGUCUACAAGCAGCUGAGGAACUAUCCAAGAGACCCAAAAAUGGUGAAAUCUAUGCAUCGGUAAAAGCAGAUUUUGAAAGCAUAAACGCACGCUUGAAGAAUCUGUCCUUGUCUCUUGGAGAGCCCAGUUCCAUCGAUGAGGGAAUUGAGAUACAUGAUGCUGCUUUAUUGUUAAAGCUUUUGGACAAGUCGAACCGUGAGAUUGACAUGGCUGGGGAAAUGGCUCAAAAGGGUGCCCUUUUGAUGGUUCAUGCACAAAUCAUGCUUAAGAAAGGUCAGGAACUACUUGACCAGAGCAAACUCAAGUUACGAUGUCUUUGACAUGAAAGUUUAUUUUUGAAUAAUUAGAAAAUAAAUAGUUAAAUUUGUCUUGAAAGAUUUUUUUAAUUAAAUUCGUCUUUUAAAAAUUUUAAAUAGAUUGCAUUAGUUUUUUUGACUUUUUGUCUUUUUUGUUGGUGAUGGCAUUAAAAUUUAUUGAUAUAACUUAAGUGACACCACAACACAUACAUAAAUUUUUAUAAAAUUAGAUCAAAUUAAUUUUAAAUUGAGAGAUUUUAAAGUCUCAAAGUCCUCCUCAAUUUAAGAUUAAUUUAAUCUAAUUUAUAAACUUGUAAUGUUAGCGGCCAAUUAGUACCAAGUGUGUUGUGGUUACUGGUUAGUGUGAUAUCAUCACAUCUACAAAUUUUGACGCCAUUCGUAACGAAAGUGAUAAAAGAACUAAUAUGAUUAACUUAAAAACUUUGAAAGACGAAUUUAAUUUUAAAAAUAAAAUUUUAGAGACUAAUUUAAAAUACAAAUAAUCUUUCAAAAACAAAUUUUACCAUUUAUUCAUCAUUAGAAGUAUAGAAUUCAUGUUAGUUUAUCAAAGGUGAAGUAUCUUGCUUUACACCUUUAUGGUUGGUUCGGUAAGAAGUGCGAUAAGUUUUUACCUUUUUAUACGUGAAAUUCAUUUAGGUAAAAUUAUCUCCUCUUUUAUCCUUGACCAAACAUGCAUACGCUAACUUGAAUUCGAAAAGAAAAUGACUCAAAUAUUCAAUAAUCUCUUGUAUUCGUUAGCUCUAUUCUUGAUCUUUGUGGUAUUGAAGAAAAAGGAAUUAUGCUUAGGAGGCAUUUAUCAUCAAUAUUGCUUUAGUAAAGCUAGCUAGUAGGGUUUGCCUUACCACGGAUCUUAUGCUCUUGUAUUACUAUUUCUAUUAAGGGUUUUAUUUUUUUUUACUAUUAUGUGAGGUAUCAUUAAAAAAUUUAUCUUGAAAUAUCUCUUAAUUAUUGGAUAAGUAGGAGUUUUAAAGAUAACUUUUAUGAGAAAGAUCAUUUUUCUCAUAUACCAUACAUGUGUGAUUGCAUUA